UGAGAUCCACUAGAAAAGCGGCAAGAGCUGGCAGAAUAUGUCUGAAAUAUCUGUAGUAUCUGUCAAAGAACAAGCUGGUUCAGGAUUGAAUUUGAAAUCAGAGCAAAAUCUUUCUCAUGAUGAAUCUGAAUUAGCAAAUAGCCCUCUUUGUGCGUUUUUUUAUGAAGUAAAUAGGAUCAGGCAAGGGAAUGAUAGGAAAAAGUCUAGAGAUAGUAAGAAUUCGUCCCAGAGUUUAUUGAGCAGUAGUUAUAAUCUUUCGAAAAAGGAUUUGAGUGGUAUUAAGACAGCGGCGUUUUUUAAUCGACGAUAUGGAGGACUUCAUAGUACAGAAAGUUUGAAAGAGAAUACAGGACUUUAUUUGAGACGGAAUGCUAUGCUUUCUAGGGCUACAGUUGAUUCUGGAAAUACUUUUGAUGAUUGUUUAUCUAUAAAAACAUCCUCGGAUUAUGAAAUGUAUAAUGGAAAUAAUGUAUGUAAGGUCAUUGAUUCUCCAUUGAAAGCUCCAACGGUUCAUAAUGUGGAAUAUCGUGAAUAUUAUGAUAAGAAUCCAUGUGUAAAGGAGCCUGAAAAGCCGGUUAAUAUUUUUAAAGAUGAGGUCUCUGAAAAAAUACCAGAGAAAAAGUCUUUUUUUUUGAAGGGGAGUCGAAAGAGUUCUGGAGGAAAGAAUGUUGAAAAGAAGAGUACGCUCAGAUCUAUCUCUCUAAAUAUAAAGAAUUUAAUUACAUCAAUUGUAUCGAAUAGUGAUGAUCAUACUAAACAAUCUCAAAUUGAAAAUAAUGGAGAGUCUUUGCAGAAAGAGAAUGAAUUUUCUGGAUCGUCCGUAUCACAAACGGAAAAUGCUUUUGGGGCAAAUUUAUCUAAUGAAAAAAGCAAUAUUACUAAAAGCACUUUUUCUGAGUUUUAUAAUAGAAAUCUGAGAAAAGAUAUAAGGAAUGCUAAUGAAAAUGAGGCGCCUAAAAUGAAGGAGGACGUUCUUAAAUGUUCUGUGGAAGAUGAAGAGAAAAAUAAGAAUAACGAUGUUACGGCUAGCGCUUUUGAAGAUUUGAGCAAUGGUUAUCACAUAACAAGAAAAAAUUAUCAAACAUAUGUUAGUAAUGAUAGCCAGGAAAUGUUUCUUGAUGACUUUAAAUAUAAAUAUGAUAGUGAUGAUGUUCCAUGUGAUGAUAGAAUUGAAAAUAAUAUUCAAAAGUCGAAAUCUAAUGUUGAAGAAUCUUUGACAUAUGAAUCAGAGCCAGGAGUCUCUCAACGGCUUCCUUCUUUUUGUAAAUUAGAUGCAAUUGAGAUUGGUAAUUUUGGUUUAGAUGAUUUUAUGAUACGAAAAUCUUCAAAUAUAUCAACAAAAGAGAUUAAUGAGUUUAAGAGUAAAUUUCAUGAAGAUAUGGCUUUAAGUGAGGAAAAAAUAAAUGAUUCUGAUACAACGCUGGAGAAAAAAACACAUGUUAAACCGAAUGAUUUUUCAAAUACAUUAACAAAAGCCUAUUCUAGUUUUGAAAUUGCUGAUUCAGAUGAUGGAAAAUAUAAGUCUGACAUUCAGUCUUUGAAUAAUAAUAAAAACACCAAUAUUGGUCAAAGUACUGCUGAUGAGAAUAGUGGUGUUUCUAUUACAUUGCCUCUUUUAGGAGAUCCGCUUUUAUUAGAUUUUGAUGUAUCUUUAAAUGAUGUUUCAGAUGCAAUUGACAGAGUUAUAGAGGUCCAAAAGCGUGGCUAUAUUAUGAGACAGAAUAUAAAUAUAGUUCAUGCCAGUAGUAAUGAUAUUUGUGAGAAAAAUAUUAAAAGAGAAAGAUAUGAAUCUCCUAAAGUUGACGAUAUUUAUGAGAAAAAUGAGAAGAAUCCUGUACUUAAGUUUGACAAGACAAAAGAUCUUGCUAUUAAUAAAGUACCUCAAGAUAAUUCUAUAGGUAAAAAACCGGAUUCAGGUCUUCUUUUUAUUCGUGUUAUAGAAAUCGAAAAUUUGGAUUUACCAUUACCAGAAGAUAAAACGUUAAGGUUUUGUUGCACCUUAGAUAAUGGUCAACAUUAUAUAACUACACCAUGGAUAUCUUUUACAAAAAAUGCGAAAAUUAAUGAAGAAUUUGAAUUAAUUGCGAACGAUGAUUUAGAAUUCACUCUUACUUUAAGACUAGAUUAUCAACCUUUAGUUGAUAAUAAGAAAAAAGAUUUUAUUUUUUCACGGAUUUUUUCUACUUCAAAAAAAAAGGGAGCUCUAAAUCUUUCUAACCCUCUUAAUUGCUGUCUUUCGAACAAUGGAAGUAUCGGUCGUUCGUAUCUUUCUUUAAAAAUGUUUAAAGAUCAUGCAUUUGGAUGUCUUUAUACGACCACAGUAACAUGUAUGAAUGAAUGGACCAAAAAGGCUGUUGUAAAAGGAAAGAAGCAACAGGUAUUAAAAGUUAAGUCAUAUAUUAUAUGUCAAUUAAAGAUCAAUGCUUUUUAUGUCCCAUUUGUACCAGGGCAAGCUAAAGAAACUUUACCUAAAAGUUUGUCAGCAUGCGUUAAAGAUAUUAAAAAUGCAGAAUGGGUUUCUAAGUUACAUUAUGAGGGAUUAUUGAUUCAACAUGGUGGUGACUGUUUAUACCGUAAAAAAAGGUAUUUUCGUUUAUCAGGUUUAAAGUUAACUUCUUAUCAUGAAUCUUCUAAAUCAAUUCGAUCCAAUAUUAAUUUGGCUAAAGUGAAGAUGGUAUUAAAUGAUCAGCAAUUAUCUAUAAAUUCUAAGAAAAUGACCCAAGUUAUGCAUUCAGAGAAUAGUAAACAAUCUACUAUAUUGGAAGGAGAUAAUGAUUAUAUGUUUGCUCAAAAUGGUUUUUGCAUUAAAUUUUUCAAUGGUGAAAUCAUAAAUUUUUAUGCUGAUUCUGAAGAUGAGAAAGUUAGAUGGGUCCGGGUUUUAGAUGCUGUUAUUAAGAAAGCUGGUCAGGUUAAGCCUUGGAGUUUGUAUGUUCUUCAAAAACAAAAAGUUAUGAAGCGAUUCCCUCUUAAAUCCGUUUUAAAAAAAAAUUAAAUUUUCUGAUAUAUUUAAAUUGAUUUAUUUUUGAAUAUUUAGAAAUAUAUUUUAUUAUUUUUUGAUAUAGUUUUUUG